UUGUCGCAAAUACACAAUCCAUUUAGAACAGAUUUGCCAUUGCCGAUUGCCCAUUGCCAUUGCCAUCACUGCUUAAACCUGGAAAAAGUUUUAUAAACAGCAGUGAGCAGACCCGUCUUAGGUCUAUUCUUGGUGAGGAAGUUUUUGCCGUAUAUAACAAAUAAAUCCAUUAAUUUACUUAAUCGAUCAAAUAUAAUCUUUAAAGCCGACACCCACAGACGGGGAGGAGGCAUGUGGGCUUCUUAUGUUUCUUCACAGAAUAAGCAGAAUCCAUCUAUAUAUAGUGAAGACACUCUGAUUUCUUGAUUUCAAUAGCUUUAUUCGUCGAUACAAGAAACACCCGGAUUGUCCUUAUUUCGCUUGUCUUCUUUAUCUUCGCCUUGGGCUGUGAUUUUUGUACCUGAUGCUAUUGAUCAACAAGAGUUGGAAUGGCUAAGGUUUGCUUGAAUUGAAUGGAUUGAGGUUGCGCAGAGAGCAUCGUGAAAAUUAAUCUCCGAAAUGGAUGGGAAUGGAGGGAGCAGAUUCAGGAGAGUUUGUGUCUUCUGCGGAAGCAACUCUGGCCAUAGAAAAGUAUUCAGUGAUGCUGCUAUCGAAUUGGGGAAUGAACUGUGAUUGCAGGUUAAGAGGAAGAUAGCUUUGGUGUAUGGGGGAGGAAGUGUUGGGUUGAUGGGUUUGAUUUCCCAAAGAGUGUAUGAUGGAGGUUGCCAUGUUCUUGGGGUCAUUCCAAAAGCUCUUGAGCCUCUCGAGAUAUCUGGUGAAACUGUUGGGGAAGUUAAAAUUGUCGCAGACAUGCAUGAGCGUAAAGCUGAAAUGGCUAAACAAGCUGAUGCUUUUGUUGCCCUUCCUGGUGGAUAUGGAACAAUGGAAGAGCUGCUGGAGAUGAUAACAUGGUCACAACUUGGAAUUCAUAAAAAACCGGUCGGUCUGCUCAAUGUUGAUGGGUACUAUAACUCUUUGCUCUCAUUAUUUGAUAAUGGUGUUGAAGAAGGUUUCAUCAAGCCAAGUGCUCGACACAUUGUCCUCUCUGCUCCAACUGCCCAGGAGCUCUUAACCAAGAUGGAGCAAUACACUCCUUUGCAUGAUCAUGUCGCACCUCACGAAAGCUGGCAUAUGGAGAAACUGGGUGAUUACCCUCGGGAUCAGAAUGAGCAGUGAAUAUCUUGGUGGUAGGUCUAUCUCUCAAUUGAUUCGAGAUUUGAUUCUUCAUAGUUUGGGCUGCUUUUAAGAAUUUUGCUCAAAAUUGGGCCACAUAGUGAGUUGUUAAGUACUCUUGUCAUUCAUUUUUAUUUGAACUCUGGUAGAACCUGCCAUGCUGUUUUACAACAAACAUUGGAUUAUAGUGGAUUGGUGAAUCAACGAACUAUUCCUUGGUCA